AUGCCUGAAGAAAAUUACACUAUGGAAAAAGAAUUUAUCCUCACAGGAUUUACAGCUCACUCAGACCUAAGGACUCUGCUGUUUGUCAUGUUCUUGGCCAUAUAUCUGAUCACUACAGUAGGGAAUCUUGGUCUGGUGGCCCUAAUUCUUACACAGCGUCAUCUUCAUACACCCAUGUACAUCUUUCUGGGCAACCUGGCUCUUGUGGAUUCUGGCUGUUCCUGUGCCAUUAUUCCUAAGAUGUUAGAGAACUUAUUUUCUGAAGACAAAAGGAUUUCUCUUUAUGAAUGUAUGGUCCAGUUUUACUUUCUUUGCACAGUUGAGACUGCGGACUGCUUUCUCCUGGCAGCGAUGGCUUAUGAUCGCUAUGUGGCCAUUUGCAACCCACUGCAGUACCACACCAUGAUGUCCAAGAAACUCUGCAUUCAGAUGACCACAGGGGCCUUCACAGCAGGAAACCUACACUCCAUGAUUCAUGUAGGGCUUCUACUUAGGUUAGCCUUCUGUGGGUCUAAUCACAUCAACCACUUUUAUUGUGACAUUCUUCCCUUGUACAGACUCUCCUGUGUUGACCCCUAUGUCAACGAGCUGGUACUAUUUGUCUUUUCAGGCUCCAUUCAAGUCUUCACCAUUGGUAGUGUCUUAAUAUCUUAUUUCUACAUUCUUUUUACUAUUUUUAAAAUGAAAUCUAAAGAAGGAAGAGUCAAAGCCUUUUCUACUUGUGCAUCCCACUUUUUAUCAGUUUCAUUAUUCUAUGGAUCUCUUUUCUUUAUGUACAUUAGACCAAAUUUACUUGAAGAAGGGGAUAAAGAUAUACCAGCUGGUAUUUUGUUUACAAUAGUAGUUCCCUUACUAAACCCUUUUAUUUACAGCCUGAGAAAUAAGGAAGUGAUAAGUGCCUUGAAAAAAAUUCUGAAGAAAAACAAUCUCCAGAAAGUUUGA